GGUAUAUACGGUUUUGCGCUUUAUAUAUCGUCGUACUGCUUACUGAUUUUAUAUCUGUUGUGGGCUAUAGUACCCACGCCAAUCUUGAAUCGUUUAGGAAUAACAUACGUCCCGGCCAAAUACUGGGUGAUUGCGAUCCCAUCGCUCAUUAUCUUAACAAUAACUACUUUUGUCGUAGUUGUACUCGCUGUGAAUAUUUACCGAUUUCGAGGAUAUCGUAUAUUCGAGGAAGUUGAACCAUUUUUUUCAAUUUCAGAGCAGGACCACAUCGAUCGGGGAUAUUUUGUUGAAGGUGAUGUCUAUGUGGAUGAAUACGUGAGCGGGAAAACGACCGAUCUACCGGACGACGAACUUACUAUGCCUCAACGUCAAAUAUUCGGUCCUGAUGAUGCACUCGAACACAUCGACUUCCAGCUUCCUGGUCAAAGCACUGGCCAGGACUCAGAAUCAGAUGAACUUGACCUUGACGAAAUCAGCAGUGAGGAAAUAGAGCGAGUUGGUUCAAUAAAUCCAACGAGACCUCCAAUAAACAAAAACUGUAGCGGUUGUGGAGCGCAACUGCACUGUAAGGAUGCCUCUUUGCCUGGAUUUUUACCCGAAGAAUUGUUAGAUAAAGCAGCUCGUAGAAGAGCUGUGGUGGAAGCCAUAUUAUGUCGGCGAUGUCAUCUUCUGAAGCAUCAUAAUUUCUUGCUAAAUGUCAACGUUUGCUCUGUCGAUUAUGAAUCAAUCAUGUCGUGCCUUCGAAUGAAUCCGGAGGCUCUAGUAUUGUUGAUCGUGGACGUCACCGAUAUCCCAGGUAGCAUCUAUCGACAGCUGCCGGGAAUCAUAGGACCCCGGAGACCUAUGAUCGUAGUCGCAAAUAAAGUCGACCUUCUUCCACCGGACGCCCAAUGUGGUUAUUUAAAAAGAUUCAAGAAUGUUGUUGACGAAGCAAUUGAAGAAGCGGGUUUUCGCGAUCAAUUCACAAUUCUGCACACGGCUCUUGUAAGUGCCAAAACCGGCUACGGUAUUGAGGAUUUGAUUACGGUCAGUUCAUUAUCUAGACUCAUCCGCUCUUUUUGGGCUAACUGCAAGGUCCAUUUACGUGCUGUAGAUCUUGUUGAACGAGCGACGACAUCAGUAUGGCCUGGCACAACGCUGUCGUUGUUGAAAUUUCCAAUAAUGAAACCAUCUCCGUUCCGGUUGGAAUUGCGUAGACGACGAAUGCUUCACGACAGGGCAUGGCUCCAGAAAGAAAUGUACAGCAGAAUUACAUCACGAUUUGUCAGAUCAUGGGCAAGAAUUCUACAGUUUUUGUUAGAUCAACACAUAAUUCAUGACUGCUACCAAUACCUAACCGCUUUUCUUUCAAGAUGGUCAUUACGAGAUCCUGUUUUCGCGAAAGGAAUGUGGUGUUACGACACUCCCGGAACUGUGAACGAACAGCAGGUAUUGAAUUUAUUCACCCUGGAUGAAUUAAUACAUGUGUUACCUCGACGUCUGUUACAACCCCGAACAGCCCUGGUACCUGUGGGUCAUACAUUGCUUAUCGGUGGCGUAGCUCGGCUAGAUGUCGUGGAGUGUGUGAAGGAAAGCAGGGUGCUGCUUACCACAUUUGUUAGUGACGAUCUGCCUCUGAACUGUAUACCUACUGCUGAAGUGAAGUCAUUUCUUGAAGAAAAUCUUGGCACUAAGACGUUAGUGGUUCCUUGUGGAGGAAGCGAAAGAAUGGCUCAAUGGCCUGCUAUGGAGAGCAAGGAUUUUGAAUUGAAAGGGAAAAAGGGAGGAAAAGCAUUGGCGGACAUAGUACUGUCGUCAAUCGGAUGGGUUCUGGUGACUAGUGCCAGUCCAUUCAUCAAAAUCCGAUCGUACACGCCUGGUGGCAGAGGGCUGGCAAUUAGGUCGCCUAUGCUACCAUAUGCAGCCGAACUACGUGGGAAGAGGAUCCCGGCUACCCGAUUUUAUAAGGUGAGCGUUAUCUCUAGCAAUCCUCCCGCUCCUUUUCUAUGUGAGAACAGUAUGCACCCGGUAAAGGGUACUCCUUCCUUCCUGACCGGAUAA